AGCAAAAGAAAAGGAGCGAGCAAUCAGCAAUCCAAGCAAGCAAACCCAAACCCAAUCGACGUUGAGAUUUUUUCCACCACUCAAGCCUACCGUCUCCGGCGAUGGCGACCAAGUCCCGCCGCCGCUCCCCGUCGUCCUCCUCCUCCACCUCCUCUGGCUCAUACUCGCGCUCCCCUGCAUCGGCCUCCUCCUCCUCCUCGCCGUCGCGCAGCCGCUCCCCUCCGCACCCCACGCGCCGCUCAUCUGCUGCGCGGAGGGGACGCUCGCCUUCGCCGCCGCCGCCGCCUGCCAGGAAAGCGUCUCCGGCCCCUGAGUCGACCGUCCUCCACGUUGACCAUCUGUCCAGGAACGUCAAUGAGGAUCAUCUCAAGGAGAUCUUUGAAAAUUAUGGUGAAGUCGUCAAUGUGGAGCUCUCCAUGGAUAGGGUGGUCAAUCUCCCCCGUGGGUAUGGAUAUGUUGAGUUCAAGAAGAGAGCUGAUGCAGAGAAGGCUCUUCUUUACUUGGAUGGUGGCCAAAUUGAUGGCAAUGUUGUUAAAGUCAGAUUCGCACUUGCACCACAGCAAAUAGCUGUUGCUUCUCCAAAGGCUCAUCGGUCAUCACCAAAAGGGAAUGCGGUUGAUUAUAAUAAAGUUGGUCCUAGUGCUGAAAAGGCCAACAGACAGCGGCCGAGGGAAGCAUCUCCUCCAAGAAAGCCAGCUCCAUCUCCAAGAAGGCGAUCUCCUCCAAGUCGAAGAGUUGACUCACCUAGGCGCAGGCCUGAUUCUCCUCCAAUUCGCCGCCGACCAGAUCCCUCUCCUAUCAGGCGUGGCGGAACAUCUCCUAACAGGAGACCAUUAUCCCCAAUUAGAAGACGUUCGCCCUCUCCACCUCCUCGAAGACUAAGAUCACCAAGGCACCUAUCUCCAAGAAGGGAUCGGGGCAGUCCAAUCCGCAGACGUUCUCCAUUUCCUCGUAGAAGGCUGACUCCUACAAGGAGGAUGUGGAACCCUCCCAGAAGACCACUACCACUUAACCAUCGCAGUAGAUCUCCUAUUCGCCGACCGAUUCGCUCUCCUUCCAGAUCGAUUUCUCCACGCAGGGGUCGAGGGCCUCCUAUGCGUCGUGGGCGGUCAUCAUCAUACUCUGAUUCACCCACUCCUCCAAGAAGGGGACCAAGAAGGGUGCUCAGAAGCCGCAGUCCUAGAAGGCCUAUAAGAGGAAGAAGUGCCUCUAGCUACAGCCAUAGUAGCAGCAGCUCGGCCUCCCCUAUCCGCAAUUAGAACUGUUGGCAUGGCAUGGCAUGGAAUGAUCCUGGUAGGUAAAUCUUUCCAAUUCGUCACUUUUUAUCGCUGAUGUCGUGUUGUCUUUUCUGCUUCUGUCUCGUUGUCAAGCUUUGGUUCUUCGUGUGAGUUUGGGGCUUUGCGCGACGGUGCAUGCUUUCCCUACGAUCAAGCUGGCAAUGGAUCACUAGAUAUUGCUGGAAUUUUAACAUGCUCAAGCUUCUUGGAGGCUCUGUCUCAACUCUGAAUUCUCCUCUUGGAGGGAGAGUAUGCAUGUCUCGUACUU